GGAAGAAUACGACGGAAACUCUGGCCGCACGCCCCUCCCAUUUGAAGUCCACCUCGUGCCUCGUCAUGAUCAGGUCGGUGCCGUGCUCGACGCCAAAGAAGAGGAGAUCCCCACCGGUCUGGUCUGGACAGACGACAUUGACUUCAAGCUUGCUUGAUAGCAUAGUGUCCGGAUUCAUGACGACCCGUACUCAUGAGUAGCUCGAACAGACAGUCAUGAUACCGUACAUCGUAGCAGUCUUUAACCUAGUCCUGGUCUGCACGUCCUGCUCGUCCGCCUGGCCUCUCGCUCAUUCUCUUGUCCGCGUGCCCAUCUGCUCGUCAGAACGCGUCUUUCCGUUUGACUACCUGCGACUUGCCUGCUCUAUGCACCUGUCAUUUCUCUAUCAUCCCUUUCGCAUGCUUCUGUCGGCGUGUGCAACUUCCUGGCCCGCUGCUCCAUAUGUCUUGUGCAGUACUCUCGUCCGCCUGCUCUUCAUUUCGCGCACUCUUCCCUCUCUUGUCUCGCUCUCGUCUUCCAUUCGUUUCCGUGCUGUUAUCUUUACUCCGUGAUGCCUCGGCUAUCUGGUAGCGUUCAGCUUUGGGGGUACGGCGGUCGCUGGGAGAGAGGUCGACUGCCCUCCGCCCCCUCAAUAGGUCGUCUUAGUGGUCUGCCUUGCGGACACUAUGGCGGCCGCCGUCAGCCCCCAUUACGAUCUCCACGGGACAUGCCUUGCCACAUAUCUUGGUAGCCCGCGGAUUGUGGCACGAGCAAACUCAUAAAGCGUACAACACCUGGAUGCACCUGAACAUGGUCGAUGCGUACCCAGUACGCGGAUUCUGCGC